AUGAGGUUCGCGGAGGACGCAGCCCGCGUCAGAAAAGCCCAGAGGUUCACGGGGACACGCUUGUGUCAGUGGACAUGCCAGCUCGACCGCGGAUUGCAGGUAUGCUUCCGCGAGCUGGCGCGAGCGCUGGGCCAGCAUGGCCCGAGAUGGACUACUGCCUUCGACGCCACUGCCCUGUCGGGCCAGCAGCGGGGGCAGGUCUUGAGGCGCGAGGGGCUCGGAACAACGGUGUUCGCCGAAGGGAUGUCGCACGAGCGCGCGUUGCGCGGCGGCGAGCUCGGCGUGGACGCCACAGAGCAGACCGUGCUUGCGGCGUUGCGCGACGCCGAACCUGUGGCGCACCCCUGCGGCCGCGCCCUCAACGCCGUCGGCAGCCUCAGCCCGCUGCUGUCUGGCAACUGGUAA